GAGCCGUAGCCGUAGACUCGUCAUCCUCCUCUCCGUGGCAACAGCAUCUUUCGAUUUCUACGUACCCCAUCUACUCCUUUCUUGCUUCUUGUCGAUCGAGAACAAGAAACAAGCAUACAUCAAACGUGCCCAAAAUAUCUGGGGUGCUGUUUCAUGCGGCAUAAAUAGCCAUCGUUGUGAUGGCGAGAUCCUCACAGCAAUGGGGGCUUGCAAGGAGUGGAGGCCGGUGGCGACGAUGCUGGCCGUGGACGUCGUGUUCGCGGUGACGAACACCAUGAUCAAGAAGGCGAUCGACGAGGGGUUGAACAGGCUGGUGUUCAUCACCCUCCGGCAGCUGGUCGCGACUCUGUUCAUGGCUCCCGUCGCCUACUUCCACGAGAGGACAACGAGGCCGAAGCUGACGACGGAGAUCUGCGUGUAUCUCUUCUUCAGCGCCAUGCUCGGGGCGGCUCUGACGCAGUACCUCUUCUACCUUGGAAUGCAGUACACCUCGGCGACGUUUGCUUGCGCUUUCCUCAACAUAGCGCCCGUAUUCACCUUCCUCAUAUCCUUAGCCAUGAGGAUCGAGUCUCUGAACCUGAAGACCAAGGCGGGGAUCGCAAAGGCGAUGGGGACGUCGCUGUGCCUCGUUGGCGUGGUUGUGCUCACCUUUUACAGGGGCGUCGGCUUCAACGACCACGUAUCGCAUCGAUCGCCGGCUGAUGGCAUGAGCUACACCUCGAGGAAGCGGGUGAUGGGGUCGGUGGCGCUGCUCGCUGGCUGUUGUUGCUGGUCGGCGUGGUUCCCCCUCCAAUCCAGAGUGAGCAAGAAGUACCCCGCCCUGUACUCCUGCACCGCUCUCAUCUUCUUCCUCGCUUUCCUCCAGGCGGCGGCCCUGAGCUUGGCCACGCAGAGGGGCCUCUCCAUGUGGCUCCUGCGUAAGAAGCUGGAGAUCGCCACCGUGCUCUUCUCCGGUGGUGUGGGAUCGGGGUUGGGCUUCUUGGCCAUGUCAUGGUGUGUGGCGCAAAGAGGACCGGUGUUCACCGCAGCAUUCACGCCGCUGGUGCAGGUCAUUGUGGCCGGCAUCGACUUCUCCGUCCUCCACGAACCGAUCUACCUGGGAAGUGUUUUGGGGUCAGUGCUGGUGGUUGCUGGCCUCUACUCGCUCCUGUGGGGCAAGAACAACGAAUCCCAUAGCCAAGCAGAGAAGCCUGCAGAAGGGAAUGGAGAGAACCAGGUGCAAGUACAAAGAGUGUGAAGGAGCAACCUGAAGCAUUUGUGGUUCUUGUUGGCUUCCAUGCUCAGAAAUGGAGAGAGAGAGAGAGAGAGAGAGAGAGAGAGAGAGAGAGGACAAAUUCCUGUGACUGCAUGAUGUAUGGUAUGAGUUCUGAGCAUGGAGAGAAACAAGACGUAGAUGAUGUUGUUCGAGAAGGAAAAUUCUACACUAAUUCACCAUUACAAAAUGCA